GUGUGAGGAGAGAGCAGGGAGAGAGCGGGGAGAAUGAGGAGAGUGUGAGGAGAGAGGAGAGCGCAGGGAGAGUGUGAGGAGAGCGGGGAGAGUCGCCGCUCCCCGUUUCCCCUCUCACGCGGAAACGGCAGCAGUAGCAGCAGCGCAUCCGCCCCGCGCUGCCGCUGCCCUCUCCGCCUUCCCCUCCCAUGCGCGGGCCCCGCUGCCAGGCCACGGCGAGGAGGAGGAGGAGGUGCGCCGAGGAGGAACGGGACGAGGUGGCGCCACGACGAGAUCGGAUGAUCGGGGAGAGCCCCUGAGCCGGGAGUCGUGAUGACGGACCACGAGACCUGGGCCCCCGGGACCCACUGUGUGGCUCGUUACAACUACCACGGCACGGCUAACGACGACCUCUCCUUCAACAAGGGCGAUGUGCUCAUCAUCGUCUCCGACAACAAGGACAGGAACUGGUACCAGGCUCGCAACAAAGAUGGCCGCGAGGGCUUCAUUCCUGCAAACUACGUGCAAAAACGCGAGGCCGUCAAGACCGACGGCAAGCUCAGCAUGAUGCCGUGGUUCCACGGGAAGAUCCCAAGGGAGCAGGCGGAACGCCUGCUGUGCCCUCCAGAGGAUGGGAUGUUCCUGGUGCGUGAGAGCACCAACUACCCGGGCGACUACACGCUGUGCGUGUGCGCCGGUGGCAAGGUGGAGCACUACCGCAUCAUCUACCGCGAGAGCCGGCUCACCAUCGACGAGGAGAGCUACUUCGACAACCUCAUCCAGCUCGUCGAGCAUUACACGCAGGAGGAGGACGGGUUGUGUACACGGCUCAUCAAGCCCAAACCCAUCGAGGGCGCCAUCGCCGCUCAGGAGGUUUUCUCCAAGGGCGGCUGGGUGAUUGACGUGCAUGAGCUGAACUUGGGCAGCUCCGUGGGGAAGGGCGAGUUUGGAGACGUACUCGAGGGCUGCUACCGUGGCAACCGCGUGGCCGUCAAGAUCAUCAAGAGCGAUGCCACGGCGCAGGCAUUCCUCGCAGAGGCGGCCGUCAUGACUGAGAUCCGGCACAAGAACCUGGUGCAGCUGCUGGGCGUGGUGAUGGGUGACUACCUCUACAUCGUCACCGAGUUCAUGGGCAAGGGCAGCCUCGUGGACUACCUGAGAUCGCGGGGUCGCUCAGUCAUCACGCAGAGAGACCUCAUCCAGUUCUCCCUCGACGUGUGCGAGGGCAUGGAGUACCUGGAGUCGCGGCGCUUCGUGCACCGCGACCUGGCGGCACGGAACGUGCUCGUGUCGGACGACAGCAUCGCCAAAGUGAGCGACUUCGGCCUGGCCAAGGAGCAGGCGACCGCCACUGUCGACAGCAGCAAGCUGCCCGUCAAGUGGACCGCCCCGGAGGCGCUGCGGCACAACGCCUUCACAUCACAGUCAGACGUGUGGAGCUACGGCGUCCUGCUGUGGGAGGUCUACUCGUUCGGGCGCGUGCCCUACCCCCGCGUGCCCCUGAAGGACGUGGUGUCCCACGUGGAGAAGGGCUAUCGGAUGGACGCCCCCGAGCAGUGCCCGCCCGUCGUCUAUCAGCUGAUGCGCGACUGCUGGAGCCUGGACCCACAGAAGAGGCCCAAGUUCCAAGACUUGCGGCGGAGGAUAGAGGCGGAGAAGGGUCGCAUCGCCAGCGAGUGACACAUGCACCUACACACACACACACGGACCUACACACACACACACACAUGGACCUACACACACAUGCACCGACACACACACACGAACCUACAUACACACGGACCUUUCACACACACACAUGGACCUACACACACACACACGCCUAUACACACACACGAACCUACAUACACAUGGACCUACACACACACGCACCUACUACACACACACACCUAUGCACAACGACCUACAUAAACAUGCAAAGACCCCCACAAACACACACCUAUACACGUAUAACCACCAAUACACCUACGCACACCAAAACACACACUGACAGCCAAUCUAACACACACACCCAAACAUAGCCACUUAUGCAGAGUUGCAAACGCACGCACAGAGACGCACACACAUGCACAGAGACGCACACACACACACACUGUAGCACCGCACUCCUCUCAUUUCCGUUGCCUGGGCUCGUUGUGCUCCACUCUUUGGGAAGCCGGACGCCGACGGUGCCGGGCCACGGCAGCAGCAGCGCCGCCCCCCUUGCAUGUCCACGCCUCGUUGAGCCUCACAUCGAUAACAUCGUCAUCAUUUUUAAAUCUUAUUACUAACCCGUACUAUGGUAGCUUUUUUAAUCGUGUCCGCGUGUGCGUGUGCGUGCGUACGCAUGCGACGUUUGUGUUCGUGACGCUGGUGCGUUGGCCGGCACUUUCCUUGCAGUUGGGCUGGCACCGCCGCCUGUGCCCCCCACGCCCCCCUCCUCCCCUCGCCCCCCUCCUCCCCUCGGGUGCCCCCCGCCCCCACGGUGCCCCUCUUCGCUUCCUCGAGUCGCACAUUUCAGGGUCGCGCCCCCCACGUGGAAUGUGGUGGGGGCCGGGGGGGUGGGGGGGGCUCGGCCUCCCGGCCAGGGCUCCGCGCGACCCCCACGAAGUCGGGCGUGCCCGCGGCGCGGGUUCACGCGCGUGCGCGCCACGCGGUGCCGCCCGGUGUGCCAUGCUCUGCCAUCUGGUGCCUUGUCGCCUUACGCGGGCACCGCGUGGUGCCGUCCGGCGCUUCCCCACCCUGUGGGGCCCCGCGCCGCCUGUGACCGGGUCGCCGCCAACCCUCGACGCGUUUCCUCGGAGCGCCGUGCGCCGGUAGCGUUUUUAUAAAUUGACCGCGUCGUGCCCGUGACGGUCCCCCACUUGGGGGGGGGGGGGUGGUGACCACGGGUGGGGAAUCGCCCCACGAUUCCCCACUUGGUGUCGCGCAGACUUAGGUGGCGGGUGGCUCGGGCCGACGGGGUGGGCCCCCCUCUAACGCGCGUGCCCGGCCGUAGCAGCAUUUGACCAACGGUCCCGCACGGCGUUCGCCUCUCUCGCCGAGACUGGAUGUGGCCGGUCAACCCGGGCAGGUUAAUUUAUACGGGCGACGUCCAGACACGAGAGGGCGCGAGGUCCCCGCUGGCAGGAUGCGGAGAGAGGCCGCCGUGUCCUUGGACGCGGCGAUCUCACCGCGCUCCGCUCGUGGGAACCUUUCGUUCUGGUAUUUGGGCGAAGUGAAUCUUUUCUGAAUAAAGUCGCUUUUCAUUUUGGUUCUAUUUCACUCAUCGGUAAGAUUUUUUCAGCUCUCCGCCUGACGAGUUCGUUCGCCCGCCCGCCGUCGCCUCCGCGUGCCUCGGGCUGCCCCCUUGGUCGGCCCGCGGUGCGAGCGGCGGGCGCUGUGGUCCGCCGCCGGCCGCCCUCCCUUCCCGUCUUGAUGCGUUUACACUGACCCCGCCUGCCCCCCAGCGGUCCUGGACGGUCCUGCGUGUGACAUCAUCGUCGUCGUCGUUGUUAUGGGGUUUUUUUUGCAAUUGAAUUCCUUAACUCGCGUAA